UUCAGUACCGAUGGUGUCUCCAAAGUACACGGGAUGCACAUUCAAAUAUCGAAACUUAGUCAACGAAAAAAAAAGCGGGAUAACACUUCCCGAUGAUUCAAGAUGUAUGGUCGAGUUCAUUUAGGUCAGAAGAUGUUCCUCAUUGACCCAUGCAUAUAUGUACAAUUAAGUAUCGACUGCGCCCUACCGCGUUCGAAUGAGUUCUUUUAUCAACACGCACAAAUUCUAAGCGUUGAAAUUCUAAGGGAAUUUCCAGUAUCUUCGUAUUUCCUCGAUCUAUUUCGUUUCUCAGAAUCCCUGACAUCAUUACCUUUACGUCAUUUCCAGGAACAGACAUUUACAACCCUAUGUUAUACUGUAUAAUUGUUUUAAAUUCCGUUAUAGUAUUUCUUUGAAUCGCUCUCCUAUAGAUGGCUUAGCACUAAAUUGGCUAUUGACAGUUGCAUAUAACCUGUAGAGUUGGCAUUGAUACUGCAAGGCCAUACAGCUGCGUUUGAUCAGCGCCCGGAGAAGCAAGCGUUUAUUUUUGGCUGUAAAACAUCAGAUUGGUACAACAUCAAUUGAUCUAAAUUUGUAAUUAAACGAUAAAGACAAACUUUCUUCUGAAUUUAUUUUAAUACACUGAUUGUAAAUAUUAAAAUAUACAUACGAAUUUUAUCACGAGCGUCAAACGGAACUGAUGACGUGUUUGUAAGAAGAACUUUAUAGGUCAAAAAUUAUAUAAUUAUAUACUCAUCAAAUUGAUGAAUUGUGGGGCGAAGUACGUGUGAUCACGAACGUGUCAACAAAGACCAGACGAAUCAGAUUUAUUCAGCAUUCUCAUAAUAUACAGUUUCGUUAUUCCGGUUACGUGUGGGUCACUCACACUCAGUCAGACUGAACGCGAUCAAUCGUCCCUACCAAUAACCCAUGGUAGCACGUUGAACCGUUUAAGAAGAAGACGUUGUGUGAAUCAUCGAGAGAAAUUCACAGUCGGUUUGAAGGGUAAUUCGUCUUUGAGGAGCUUCGUGGGAUUGCAUGCAGCCAAUAAGGUUCGACCUGAACGCUCAAGUAAACAACGCGGAAUUGCAGCGCGAUGCAAACUCCGCUAAACAGUUCCGAGGAAAUCCUCUUUCAGAAUGACACCAAAGUCGCUCUCAAUACGGACGUUAUCAGCGCCAUCUUGGGAGCCGUGAUGGUGUUUACUAUCUUCGGAAAUAUUCUGGUCUUAUUUUCGUUCCACGCGCAACCAUCACUGCGCAAGGUCAAAUACUUUCCCAUCUUCAGCCUAGCUUUGGCGGACCUGCUGUGCGCGGUCACCGCGAUGCCGCUGUACAUAACGAAAAAAAACGCCUCGUCGGAAAACAUCGACGCCCGAUUGGUCUGCGAUCUUUACCGAUUCUCGUACUUCUUCACCGAGUAUGCGUCGAUCAUGAGUUUGAUGGUGAUAAGCAUCGAACGAUUUCUCAACAUCAAAUUUCCUCUCAAGUAUAUGAACUGUAUGCGUGCACGCGUUAUGAUUUGCGUGCUCGUUGCGUGCUGGGUCGAAGCGUUGAUCGUUGCAACGAUGCCGUUUUACUGGCGUAACGAGAAAGACAAAGAAUGCACGAACUCGCCGACUUCGACGUGGAGCAUUGUAGCAAUAUCUGUGAACGUUUUUCUUCCAUUCUUAAUCAUGUUCUCGUCUCAUUGUUAUAUUUAUUGCAAGACGCUGUGUGAAUUCUGUCAAGAUCACAGUGCUGCACAUUCGGCAACACCCGAUCAUCGUCGACGGAAAACGGUCGUACGCGUCGAGAAAUGGAAAAUAGAGAAAAGAGCAACGAUCAGUUUUUCCGUUGUGGUCGGCGUGUUUAUAAUCUGCUGGGGUCCAUCGACUAUUUACUAUUUCACGGCCAAUGUUUCUCCCGAGACGUUCGCUGACCAAUCGUUCAAACGCUACAAAUCCAUCGUCGGUGCAACGAUGAAGAUCCUAACGUUUUGCAAUUCAUUCAUGAACCCUGUCAUAUACUUCUGGCUGAACAUCGAUUUUCGGAAGGCUUUUAUACGAAUUUUGAAACGAGAACGGCAAAUGAGGACGCGCGCGGGGACUGGGAAUUCCGUAACAAUGACCUUAUUUGGCAGCUUACAUCAAAACAAUGUCAAUCAUGUUUAGCCAGUAAGCCAGGAGCCAGGGAAUGGCGGGAAAGAACUAGGACCAGUUGUCAAAUGAAAAUCCAUUUCUCGGUUGAAACAACCCGAUAUCUUUUGGGAUAUAAAUUAUUUCGGCUUCAAAUUUAUGUCAGGACUAUAGUUCUUACAACUAAAUAUAAUCACAAAAUUUCGACUAGUUUUAUAAAGAAUAACAAAAGAUGGAAUCGAUUGAAUACUGCAGAAUGGAUUUGUAUUUUGACAACCCUCCUGAUUGGCGCGCUGAUUGGCUAAAAAAUGAAAGCGAGAUCACUUGAAUGUGAUCUACAUGAAUUUCAUGAUACGAACCACUGAUCUCGUAUAACACUGGAUACAGUAAUUAGUUAAAGUAUCUAUCAGAAACGAAGUCAGAAUCAACGAACUGCUAAAGAACCAGAACAGAAUGUGAAAUAUUUAAUGCAUGUGUGAUCCUCACCCGCAAAUGACGAAAUAUUUUAAGGACAUAGCUAAAAAGCCAUUAUAUGCACGGAACUCUAUUUGCAUAGAUAAGAUCUAAUGUAGAGCAGUUUCCGCAUAUUAUUUGCAUGGGUGGUACCAAGAAGUUCUAAUUAAGAACGCCCACAUUCAAGUUAUCAUAUUUGAGAGUAAUUUAACAACUAUGAAAAAAGUUUAUUCUAAAUAUAUAAAGUGCUAAUUUUA